AUGGUAGCACCAUCCCUCGCGUCACCCCUGCUCGCCGUCGCCGUGUUCCUCGCAUUGUCCAUCGCCGGCCACACGGUGCACGGCGCUCCUGAGGCUGCUGCUGCCACCACGGCGGACCGCAACGCGCUGCUGUCCUUCAGGUCGCUCAUCAUAGGCGACCCCUCACGGGCCCUGGCGUCCUGGACGAACACCACCACCGCCACCAACAUCUCGUCCGCGCCACCGCCGUGCCAAUGGCGGGGCGUGUCGUGCGGCACGAGGGGGCGCCGCCGCGGCCGCGUCGUCGCGCUGGACCUCCCGGGGCUCGGCCUCGUCGGCACGCUGAGCCCCGCACUAGCGAACCUCACGUACCUCACGCGGCUCCACCUCCCCGGCAACCGGCUCCACGGCGCGCUGCCGCCGGAGCUCGGCCGCCUCCGCGACCUCCGGCACCUGAACCUCAGCAGCAACUCCAUCCAGGGACCCCUCCCGCCGCCGCUCUCCGGGUGCAGGCAGCUCAGGUACCUCCUGCUCAACACCAACAAGCUGCACGGCCCCAUUCCAGGGGAGCUGCUCCGCUCGCUUCGGAACCUCGAGGCGCUCGACCUCGGCCAGAACAGGCUCACCGGAAGCAUACCCUCCGACGUCGGCAGCCUCGCCAGCCUGAAACUGCUCGUCCUAGAGUUUAACAACCUGACGGGAGAGAUCCCCUGGCAGAUCGGCAGGCUUGGCAGCCUCGUCGGCCUCGGCCUCGGCUCCAACCAGCUGUCAGGCUCCAUCCCAGCCUCGCUCGGGAACCUGUCGGCGUUGACAGCUCUCACCGCCGACUCGAACAGGCUGGCCGGGAGCAUACCAUCCUCGUUGCAGCACCUGUCAUCUCUCACCACGCUUCAUCUGGAACAGAACAGCCUCGGAGGAACCAUCCCUUCUUGGCUAGGGAACCUCUCCUCGCUAACAUCCUUGGACCUCCAGAGCAAUGGCUUUGCAGGGCGCAUCCCGGAAUCCAUAGGAAAUCUCCGGUCGCUUAGCAUCGUCUCCUUUGCGGAGAACAAGCUCGUCGGACCGGUUCCGGAUGCCAUCGGGAACCUCCACGCCCUCACCGAGCUUUAUCUGGACAACAAUCAGCUUGAAGGCCCCCUGCCACUUUCAUUAUUCAACCUCUCCUCUCUUGAAAUGCUCAACGUACAGAGCAACAACCUGACCGGGGGAUUUCCGCUUGAUCUGGGCGACACGAUGACGAAUCUUCAGAUGUUCCUCGUAUCUGAUAAUCAGUUCCAUGGCGUGAUCCCGCCGUCCUUGUGCAAUGCCUCCAUGCUCCAGAUGGUUCAGACGGUAAAUAACUUCCUGUCAGGAACAAUCCCCGGGUGCCUGGGAGCUCGCCAGGAGAUGCUGUCUGUGGUGAACUUCGCGGGGAAUCAGCUUGAAGCAGCCAACGAUGCCGAAUGGGCCUUCCUGACCACUCUCACCAACUGCAGCGAUAUGAUAUUGUUGGAUGUUAGCAACAACAGGCUCCAAGGCGUGCUGCCGAAAUCGAUCGGUAAUUUGUCGACGGAGAUGACGUAUCUUGCCAUUGCAUACAACAGUAUAGCGGGAACAAUACCUGGAACGAUAGGGAACUACAUCAACAUGGAUGAACUUGACAUGGAGUGUAAUCUUCUCCAGGGCACUAUUCCAGCAUCUCUCGGUAAGCUGGAGAAGUUGAAUCGGUUAUCUUUGUGGAACAACAGUUUGUCAGGACCCAUCCCAGCAGCUAUUGGAAAUCUUACAAAACUUACAACUCUUUUCCUCGAUAUUAAUGCGCUCGGUGGAGCCAUACCUUCUUCUCUCAGCAACUGUCCUUUGGAAGAACUGGAUCUUUCUUACAACAAUCUCUCUGGUCCAGUACCUAAGGAACUUUUCUUCAUCUCAACCUUGUCGAGUGCCAUGCACCUUGCGCAUAACUCAUUGUCUGGGACUUUGCCUUCAGAAGCGUGGAAUCUCAGGAAUCUAGGUGAGCUCGAUAUCUCUGAUAAUAUGAUUUCAGGAAAGAUUCCUACCAGUAUAGGAGACUGCCAAGCAUUGCAGUAUCUCAAUUUGUCUGGGAACCUCCUUGAGGGGACAAUUCCACCGUCACUAGGACAGUUACGGGGCCUGCUAGUGCUUGAUCUUUCUCAAAAUAAUUUAUCUGGUCGCAUCCCUGGGUUCCUUGGUAGCAUGAAAGGUCUCGCUACUCUGAAUCUUUCUUUCAAUGAUUUUGAAGGCGAUGUUCCAGAAGAUGGGAUAUUUCUCAAUGCAACUGCAACCUCGGUCACGGGAAACAGUGCUUUGUGCGGUGGGAUCCCACAAUUGAAUUUGAAAAUGUGCUCCAGCUUCACUAAAAGGAAAAUAUCUUCAAAGCUUGUCAUGAUUAUCACAGCAGGAGUCGCAAUUCUGUUGGUCAUACUAUUCACAUUGUUCAUGUUAUGGAAAAGGAGUAAGCUAAGAAGAGCAAAGCCACAGAUCUCUUUCUCCAAUAAGGAACACACCAGAGUUUCUUAUGCUGAAUUGGCCAGGGCAACCGAUGGUUUCACAUCAGAGAACCUCAUUGGGGUAGGCAGCUUUGGUGCAGUAUACAAGGGAAGAAUGGAAAUUUCUGGCCAACAAGUUGUGGUUGCAGUGAAGGUACUCAACCUGCAACAAGCUGGCGCAUCACGGAGUUUCGAAGCAGAAUGUGAGGCUUUGAGAUGUAUUCGCCAUCGGAACCUUGUGAAGGUUAUAACAGUGUGCUCCAGUAUUGACUCCCGAGGUGGUGACUUCAAGGCUCUUGUAUUUGAGUUUCUGCCAAAUGGUAAUCUAGAUCAGUGGUUAUACAAGCAUCUUGAGGAAGAUAAUGAACCUAAGGUGCUAGAUCUCAUCGAGAGACUCCAAAUUGCCAUGGAUGUGGCCUCUGCACUCGACUAUUUACAUCACCACAAGCCAUUUCCAAUUGUUCACUGUGACCUCAAGCCAAGCAAUAUUAUCCUGGACGAUGACAUGGUUGCUCAUGUUGGCGAUUUCGGGCUUGCAAGGUUCCUACGUGAAGAGCAUAGUGACAAGUUAGACAAGUCAACUAGUCGGAAUGCAAUAAGAGGAACAAUUGGUUAUGUUGCUCCAGAGUAUGGAAUUGGCAACGAAGCUUCAAUAUAUGGUGAUGUCUACAGCUACGGUAUACUGCUGCUCGAGAUGUUCACUGGAAGAAAACCAACAAGCUCUGAAUUUGGAGAAAUGCUUAGCCUUCAUAAGCACGUACAAAUGGCACUGCCAGACCAAGCAGCUAAUGUCAUUGACCAAGACCUAUUAAAAGCAGAAAAUAACGGCAAAGAAACUGUUGCGGACUAUCACAACAGAGAAGACACGAGAAUUAGUCACAUCAUGUCCAUUCUACAGAUUGGUAUUUCGUGCUCAAAGGAGACCCCAAGUGAACGCAUUCAAAUUGGAGAUGCACUUAGAGAGUUGCAGACAAUCAGAGAUAAGUUCUAUAUGCAUUAAUGAUCUUCUGGAAGAACUGAUAACAAAGAUCAACUACCUCCGAUUCAUAAUAAGUGUCGUGGUUUCAAUUGAAGGAUCGGAGGGAGUAGAUGAUAUUGAAGGCAUGCUAGUGCAUGCGAUAUAUUACAGAUGUACUGAAAAUCAUACAUAUAAAUCUGCCAUGUAA